AGAAUGCGGGUGGGAUGAUUUGCAUGGGAUUCUGGAUAAAAAGACAACUCGGAAACGGGACGCGCUAUUUACUCCUCAAAUAAGGGACGGGAGGCAACGCUAGGCUUAGAGCGCUUCUAAGAUCGCGUGAGACUGAAUUCGUGUGCGCUCCUGAAUCUGAAGAGCUCCGACAGACACAGCGGAGACCUGCUGGAUCUCAGAGACCAGGACCAAGAGCGGGAUGGAGGAGGACAACCAGGACCCGGAGUCCCGGAGCAACAACGUCCCCGGAGGACAAACAGCAGGCUCGAGCUCUGAUAGCACCGAUGUUCAGAAACGGAGAGGAAGAGAUGGACUCAAACAUCACAGCUGUCAGCACUGUGACAAAUCCUUCACAACAUUGAGAUAUUUAAAGAUUCAUCAGAGACUUCACACUGGAGAGAAACUGCACAGCUGUGACCAGUGUGGGAAAACUUUCACUACGUCAAGUCACUUAAACGUCCACAUACGGAUUCACACUGGGGAGAAACCGUACAGCUGUAACCAUUGUGGAAAAGCUUUCAUUAAAUCAGGUGACCUAAACGUCCACAAACGUAUUCACACUGGUGAGAAACUGUACAGUUGUGACCAAUGUGGGAAAUCCUUUACUACAAUAAGUACCAUUAUAACCCAUCAACGAGUUCACACUGGAGAGAAACCUUUCAGCUGUAACCAUUGUGAAAAAGCUUUCACAACGUCAUCUAAAUUACGAAUCCACCAACGUAUUCACACUGGUGAGAAACCGUACAGCUGUGCUCAGUGUGGGAAAGCUUUCAAUACAACAGGUGAACUAAAACGGCACAGGCUCUUUCACACUGGAGAGAAACCAUAUAGUUGUGACCAGUGUGGGAAAGCUUUCACUACAUCAGGUGAACUAAAAAAGCACAAACGUGUUCACACUGGAGAUAAACCAUACAGCUGUGACCAAUGUGGGAAAGCUUUCACUACAUCAAGUCACCUAACGGUGCACCAACGUGUUCACACUGGAGAGAAACCGUACAGCUGUGACCUAUGUGGGAAAGCUUUCGUCGCAUCAGGAAAUCUAGAAACUCACAGACGUGUUCACACUGGAGAGAAACCAUACUGGUGUGAACAGUGUGGGAAAAGGUUUGCUCGUAGUUGUGCCCUUCAAGUCCACCAACGCAUUCACACUGGAGAGAAGCUGUACUGGUGUGACCAAUGUGGGAAAAUGUUUGUUUGUUCUAGUGCCCUUAAAGUCCACCAACGCAUUCACGCUGGAGUGAAACUGUACAGCUGUGACCAAUGUGAGAAAGCUUUCACUACAUCUAGUAACCUUAAACGUCACCAACACAUUCAUGCUGCUUCGUUUGAACACUUUUCAGAGCCAAGCUUUCCUCCUGCCUCCUCCUCAUGCCCUGAUAGCUGUUGUUAGAGUUGUGCUUCCCUACAAACUGAGGGAUAGACGACAGUAACAUUACAUACUGUGCUGCCCUGCCUAUCCACAAAGUCAUCGCACACAAUGAGUUUGAAUGAUUGUUUGAUAUUUGAAUGAUUUCUGAAAUGCUUGGAUUUUUUCUUUCUAUCCUCUUUAAAGAUUCAGUGUGUAAGUGGCAUCUAGUAUGAAUUGCAACCAUCUGUCCAGUCUACAACUGCCCCCUACCCUUUCAAAGAGCGUAGGACAACUACACUGGCAGACACAGCACAAAAGGUGU